CCUUUCUGCCUCCGCUGCCGCCAUGGCGCCCGUGAAAAAACUUGUGGCGAAGGGGGGCAAAAAAAAGAAGCAAGUUCUUAAGUUCACCCUUGAUUGUACUCACCCUGUGGAAGAUGGGAUCAUGGAUGCUGCGAAUUUCGAGCAGUUUCUUCAGGAGCGAAUCAAGGUGAACGGCAAAGCUGGCAACCUGGGUGGUGGCGCUGUGACCAUCGAACGGAGCAAGAGCAAAAUCACCGUCACGUCCGAGGUGCCUUUUUCCAAAAGGUAUUUGAAAUAUCUCACCAAAAAGUACCUGAAGAAGAAUAACCUGCGUGAUUGGCUGCGCGUGGUGGCCAACAGCAAGGAGAGCUACGAGCUGCGCUACUUCCAGAUCAACCAGGACGAGGAGGAGGAGGAGGACGAGGACUGAGGCUCGCAGCUCUGCUGGGUUAUUUUGUAUAAGUUCUUGAAUAAAACUUGGGAACCAAA